AUGUCUAGCACACACAACUUGAAGCCAUUCAAUACUCCUGUUGGGACGAGUUUCACUGUUGGCGAUGCGCGAUGCGAUAGAUCUUCUCGCCAAGCACAAAAUAUUAAUACAAAUGACGGCGUCAUGGAUUGUCAGUUUCCGCCUAUGACACGUCUCCGUUAUUCUGGUGCCUGGGCGCUAUUACGAUAA